UAAAAUAAACUAUUUGACGACAACAACAAACAGCAGCAAAGAGAGAGAGAAAAAAAAAUAUUAAGCUAGGAGCGAAUACAACGGAUUACAAAAUGUGGGAAUCUAAUGCAUGGCUGUUAUUGAUCAUUCUUUCAUACACAACGACGGUAGUUUUUAUAGAAGCACACCAGUUCAGAGGACAGGGAAUUAGAGAUGCCUUGUCCGAGUUUGACAUUCUCUCGGGCGUGCCAAUUGAGGAAGGGGUCGAAUUUGUCGAUGGCUCCGACGGUUUUCCCGCCUUCAAGUUACUCCAACAUGCCAACGUCAAGUCACCAUAUCGUCUCAUUCUGCCGGAAAAACUCCACGAGUUCGCAGUGAUGGCGAGCAUUCGACCGGAGUCACGUACCGGCGGCUACAUCUUCAGUGUCGUCAAUCCGCUCGACACAAUUGUCCAGCUGGGCAUCCACACGACGCAACCAACAUCGAACGACCGAUGGAACAUUAGUUUAGUCUACACAGAUGCAGCGCACCACACCACGAGUCAGACAUUGGCGACAUUCGAGGCACCUUUCACCAAAAAAUGGACGAAAAUUUCGUUCAAAGUUUUGAGUACAAAAGUGGUUUUCUAUCACAAUUGCAUCGAAAUGGACACGGCAAUGGUGCGGAAGCAUCCAAGCGAAUUGGUUUUCGAUUCGGCAUCCACGCUCUAUUUGGGACAAGCAGGAUCUCUGCUCGGUGGACGGUUUGAGGGCUCAUUUCAAUUUUUAAAAUUGUACGGAUAUCCCGAUGUCGUAUCAACGUUAUGCAACAACACGGCUCUCGACGCGAACGAGUUUGAUUUAGAAGGGAGUGCCGACUUUGAGGGCAGUGGUGCUAACGAUCCAGAAAGUGGUGAAUGGGAUAUCGACGAUGAACCUCCGCCAUUUUUACCGCCACCAGGAAAAAGCUAUGGCAAAGGCGAAAAGGGUGAACGUGGACCAAAGGGACCCGCUGGGGAUUCCAUUCGAGGACCACCUGGACCUCCAGGCCCGCCAGGACCAAUUGGCCCGCCGGGACCUCCUGGAGUGCCAGGGCAGAAUGCCUCGUCAUCGGGAUGGGAAGGGAAAUUUUUGUACGACGAAAAAUUGCCAUCAGGAGGUUUGGGAUGGGGACAAUGCGGCUGCAACGCCACCAAUAUCCUUGAUUUAAUCGAAAAAGAUAACCAGCUGAGGGAAAUUCUGCGUGGACCACCAGGACUGCCGGGAAAGGAAGGAAAAUCAGGGAUUCCAGGGACGACGGGCGCGCCUGGAAUACCCGGUGAACGCGGGGCCAUGGGCCCAAAAGGUGAUAAAGGUGAUAUUGGAGAUAUAGGCCCUCGUGGCCCUGAAGGAAUGCAAGGAAGCAAAGGGGAUCCCGGUGUGGAUGGAAUACCUGGAGUACCAGGUCCACAAGGUCCACCCGGUUCCUCGAGCUUCUCAGAAUCGUACGAUACUAGCUGGAAUCCAACGAGGACGUUCAAGGAAUCGAUUAUACCAUCACAAGUGUUGCGAGGCGGUGGUAAUAGUCCCGGUCCCAAAGGUGACAGAGGAGACAAAGGUGAAAUGGGACAUCCUGGUGAAAGGGGAUAUCAAGGCAGCAAAGGUGACAGAGGAGAUAGAGGCUUGAUGGGAGUGAAAGGAGAAAAGGGUCACACGGGCGUUAAUGGCAUGCCAGGACAAAAAGGAGAACAAGGAAUGCCUGGUGUCAAUGGAAUUGCAGGACCUCAAGGUGAACGAGGUUUGAAGGGAGAAAAGGGAAAUUACGGUGAAGCUGGUCCAAUGGGACCUCCUGGCCCACCAGGACAGACAGUUUUCCAAACAGUUGAUGGCAAAUUCAAUCACAGUUGUAUGUGUACGCCAGGACCUCCAGGACCACCUGGAGCACGAGGGCCUCCUGGAUUUGAUGGACUUCCUGGAUCACCCGGAGAAGCAGGAAUGAUGGGAAUGGUUGGACCUCCCGGCCUACCUGGAGAACGCGGUGAAAAAGGCGUUCGAGGACUCCAAGGUCCCAAAGGUGACAGUGGAUCUGGCCUAGGUGGAUCCAUCGUUCAUGGUAACGGAAACGGUUUGGAUUAUAUUAAGGGUGAUAAGGGAGACAAAGGAAUGCGCGGCAGAAGAGGUCGCACUGGACCACCAGGGCCUGUUGGUCCUCCUGGAAAGGGAAAUGACCUUGGUAGUUUAACCGGAUGGGCGGGACGACCAGGACCGCCAGGUAUGAAAGGCGAUCAAGGACAAAAGGGACAGAAAGGCGAGUCUGUUGUCAUUUCUGGGGCAUCAAAAGGAGAGAAAGGUGAUCCGGGACGCGAUGGCGUCAAUGGAAUUCCAGGACCUCCAGGUCCUCCCGGUCCGCCAGGCCUAUCAAUCCAAGGACAAAAGGGCGAGCCCGGAGUCGAAGCAAGAAUACCACAUUACGAAAACAGAGGAGAAUUUAGAACUGGAAGCUUUGAUGAAUUACGAUAUCUUAAUAGGCAUCAUAGUCAUGGUAGGCACCUAAGUAGAGCACAUGCUGAGACGGGCACCUUGACUUUCGGCAGCCGAGAAGCAUUAUUAAAGUCGACCACAUUGACGACUGUCGGUACGUUUGCGUAUUUGAUUGAUGAAGAAGCCGUGCUGGUUCGUGUGAAAGGUGGUUGGAAGUAUAUUAUGCUUGGCACGUUUGUCUCGCUUGCUCCGCAACCUGCUCCAGCAACUGCCGCUCCCGAGUAUGCGUCCAACCUCUUGAACAAUAUUCCACAACCCGUAGAUGGACCAUCGUUCCUUACCAUUAACAAUGCAGAAUAUAAAUCGUGGAGUCCUGAAAUGUUGCGGAUGGCAGCGUUAAAUGAGCCACAAACUGGAAAUAUGAAGGGAAUUAGUGGAAUUGAUUACGCUUGCUACAGACAAGCGCGACGUGCUGGCUUGCUUGGCACGUUCAAAGCCUUCCUCUCGUCGAAAGUUCAAAAUCUCGAGACCAUUGUGCAGGCGUCCGAUCGACAUCUUCCCGUUGUAAAUACCCGCGGCGAUAUUUUGUUCCACUCGUGGAAAAGUAUAUUCAACGGAAACGGCGGUCUGUUUACACAAACACCGCGACUCUACAGUUUUAAUGGAAAGAACGUGCUAACGGAUCCGUUAUGGCAACAAAAAACCCUCUGGCACGGCUCCACGCAAUACGGCAUCCGUGUCGAGAGCACCUUCUGCGACAAUUGGCAGUCAUCAGCGCGUGACACCUUCGGCUUAGCCAGCAACCUCCAAACCAAUCAUCUAGUGGAACAACUAGAAUAUUCAUGUGAUAAUCGUUUUAUCGUACUUUGCAUAGAAGUUGUCUCAAAAUCCAGCCGAAGCAAACGGAGUAUAGACAGCCACGAGUUAACGGAAGCCGAGUACACGCAACAUCUGAAAGAGCUUCAGCAGUAAAGUCAGAAACUUAAUCAUGAUUAAAUCUCCGACAUUUUUUGUUAUUUCUAUACAUAUCGUGGAAAUAUCGGAUAAAUGUGAAUUCUGUAUUCUUGUAUACUACUCAAAAAAAACUCAUCAUAUCGCUCAACAAAAUAUCAUUUUUUAUACAAACAACUUUUUUAUCGUAUCAAAGAGAAUAUUAAACCGAUAUAUUUGACAACAACAACAACAACACCCAGUGGAAUUGGUAGAAAUGCAUAUCUCUAGUCGUUAAUUUGAUCCAUUUUAUGAUUAAAAUAUUUUGCCAUAUUUCGCACAUUUUUAAGAUUUUUGUUCUGUAAAUAUUUAAAAAAAAUUUAAUAAAAAAAUAAUUGAAAUUAAAACUGAUCGUUAUAAAAAAAAUUAUAUAGCAAAAAAAAAAUGUUAAUGUUAAUGAAUAAAUGUAAUCAUUGUUAGCGCUGUGUAAAAUUAAG